AUGAGGAAGUUUGGUAAAGACAAAGCAAGAACUGAGAUAGCAUUUAAAGCUACAAAAACUUUGAAUGAAGAUUUAGAUGAUGAGAGCCUAGAUGAAAUGGAAGAAAACAUUGUAAGAAAGCUGAAGAGAGGAACUGACAAGUAUAAAGAAUACCCAUAUCCGUUUAUGACAGCAGAUGCUAAAAAGGCGGCUGAAAGGUCAUAUGAUUACAUUGUGAUUGGAGGAGGUACAGCUGGGUGUCCCCUCGCAGCAACUCUCUCACAGCAUUACUCCGUUUUGGUAUUGGAGAGAGGAGAUUCUCCUUAUGGAAAUCCCGAUGUUGAGGACUUCAAAUCUUUGUUCAAACUUUUCGGGGAUCCCAAAAAUUAUCCACAUAUGGUUGAGGGGUUUGUCUCAGAAGAUGGAGUGCAGUUGGCAAGGGCGAGAGUUCUAGGAGGCGGAACUGCCAUUAAUGGUGGAUUCUACAGCAGGGCAAGCUCCGAAUAUAUUAGAAAAAUGGGCUGGGAUGAGAAACUUGUUAAUGAGUCGUAUGAAUGGGUGGAGAAGUUGAAUGCCUUCAAACAAUACAAGCUUUUUCCAUGGAGUUCUGCCUUCAAGGAUGGGCUUCUUGAAGCAGGAGUUGUUCCUUACAAUGGAUAUAGUUUGGAUCAUUUGGAGGGCACCAAGAUCAGUGCUUCAAUCUUCGACAAGAAGGGAAAGAGACAUACAGCCGCAGAUCUUCUCCAGUAUGCAAAUCCAGAAAAUAUUGUAGUUCUUCUGAAUGCUACUGCCAGCAAAAUCCUUUUCAAUUUGGAAUUAGGAAAGCUUAAGGCCAGUGGAGUGGAGUUCACAAGCAAUAAUACUAACUUACCUUAUCAAGCAUCACUUAACCAAUUGUCUACCAAUAGUGAGGUGAUUUUGUCAACAGGAAGCAUAGCUAGCCCUCAACUUCUACUCUUAAGUGGAAUAGGUCCUAGAAAACAACUUAAGAAAUUGAAUAUUACCAUUCAUUUAAAUUUACCUUCAGUAGGGAAAAAAGUUCAAGAUAAUCCUGGUACAAGCUUCAUUGUAGAAUCCCCAAAACCACUUGAAUUUACUUAUGGACAAGUAGUGGGAAUACUAGAUAAUUCAAAACUCUACAUGGAGGGUAGUAGCUUUCUCCAACAAAACAAUGCCACAAAUAUACAAUAUUUAGGGUUAGUUAUAAGUAAGGUGGCAUUUCCCUUAUCAAGAGGCACACUUUGGCUAAAAAGCAUAGACCCUAGAGAUACUCCCUUUGUUCGUUACAAUUACUAUUCAAAUCCAUUUGAUUUAAAAAAAUGUAUGUUAAGUGUGAAAGUAAUGGUUAAUAUAAGUAUGUCAUCUGCUAUUCAAGAGUUUGCAUUUAAUGAUAAUGCACAUUCCAAAACACUUCGAUUCCUUGGGAUUCCAUUACCAAAAAAUGUAUCAAAUGAUGAUGUCUUGGGCAAGUUCUGCAGAGAUACACUAGGGACAUUUUACCAUUACCAUGGAGGUUGUCAAGUUGAUUUGGUUGUUGACAAAAGAUAUCGAGUGAAAGGUGUUCAUAAUCUGAGAGUUAUAGAUGGCUCAAUUUAUAAAGCUUCUCCUGGCACUAAUCCACAAGCCACUACAAUGAUGCUUGGAAGGUACAUGGGAGUUAAUAUCAUUCAAGAGCGUAUGAACACCUAA